UACGGGGACAGGGCUGAGAGGAAGGAGGGAGAGGGGGAGAGAGAGAGAAAAGAGAAAGCAAGACUGUGAAACGGUACCAUAGUCACGGAGCCUUUAGCGACCGAGGAGGAGAGAUAAAGCACAGACAGAAACACGGGCGAACUGCGGUCAGUAAUGUCGGCGGUGGCGGUGGUAUUGAGCUGCGCGACGGCGCUGCUGCUGCUGGCGGCUCCGGGUGGACACGCAGCGUCUUCGGCGGAGCGAGGCGGCGGCGGCGGCAUCUCUUUCGAGUAUCACCGCUAUGAGGAGAUGCGCAAAGCGCUGGUGGCCGUAUGGCUGCAGUGCCCCUCCAUCAGCCGCAUCUACACGGUGGGGGAGAGCUACGAGGGCCGAGAGCUUUUGGUGCUGGAGCUGAGCGACAACCCGGGGAUCCACGAGCCCGGUGAGCCGGAGUUUAAGUACAUUGGAAACAUGCAUGGCAAUGAAGCUGUGGGCAGGGAGCUGCUGAUCUACCUGGCCCAGUAUCUCUGUAACGAGUACCAGCAGGGCAAUGACACCAUUAUCAACCUGAUCCACUCCACGCGCAUCCACAUCAUGCCCUCCAUGAACCCCGAUGGCUUUGAGAAAGCAGCCUCACAGUCUGGUGAGAUGAAGGACUGGUUCGUGGGCCGCACCAACGCUCAGGGUAUCGAUCUGAACCGGAACUUUCCGGACCUUGACCGCAUCGUCUACAUGAACGAGAGAGAGGGAGGAGCUAACAACCAUCUGCUGAAGAACAUGAAGAAAGCUGUAGAUGAAAAUACCAAGCUCGCUCCUGAGACAAAGGCAGUGAUUCACUGGAUCAUGGACAUUCCGUUUGUGCUGUCGGCCAACCUUCAUGGAGGAGACGUGGUGGCCAACUACCCAUAUGACGAAACUCGCAGCGGCUCUACUCACGAGUACAGCGCAAGCCCUGAUGACUUGGUGUUUAAGAACCUGGCCAAGGCGUACUCCAGCUACAACUCCGUCAUGUCGGACCCUAAGCGGCCGCCAUGCCGUAAGAAUGAUGACGACUCCAGUUUCAAAGAGGGCAUCACCAAUGGAGGGGCCUGGUACAGCGUGCCUGGAGGCAUGCAAGACUUUAACUAUCUGAGCAGUAACUGUUUUGAGAUCACGCUGGAGUUGAGCUGUGAUAAGUUUCCUCCAGAGAACACCCUCAAAAUGUACUGGGACCAGAACCGCAACUCCCUCAUCAACUACAUAGAGCAGGUUCAUCGUGGAGUAGCAGGCUUUGUGCGUGAUCUUCAGGGCAAUCCCAUCUCCAAUGCCUCUAUUUCUGUGGAGGGCAUCGACCACGACAUCACCACAGCUAAGGAUGGUGAUUACUGGCGUUUAUUGACUCCUGGUAAUUAUAAAGUUUCUGCGUCAGCUCCUGGGUACCUCACUGUAAUCAAGAAAGUGGCCGUCCCCAACAGUGCCGCUACCCGGCUUGACUUUGAGUUGGAGUCAUUGGAGGAAAGGAAGGAGGAAGAGAAGGAGGAGCUCAUGGAUUGGUGGAAGAUGAUGUCAGAGACACUCAACUUCUAACUGGCCAAACCAGUCACUGUCAGGUUCUGAUCGACUGAGGGUAUCAAGAGCAUCCUGGGUGUAAAAUAUCUAAUCAUUGUUGUACGUGUGCUCGCCCACAUUAUGGUAGCUUUUUCUUUUUUUUUUUUGUUUUUUUUGUUUUUUUUUGAGGGGCACUACAUGUGGACUCUAUCAUAUAUUAAUCAUAUCUUGUAUAUACAGUACUAUAAGUGCUGCAUUAAGACAGAAGCAGGUUAAGUUGGGCUCUUCUCAGCCAGAAAGAAGACCUGUGGAAGUCUGCACAAUCGUAGACUGUAGUUUCACGUUAUAAAGGGUCCUAAUGUCGUGCUCUUCGGUAAAGAAUCACUGUUUGUCUUAUUGAUGGGUUCUUUUUUGGCAAAUAUUGGUAAAACAUCUAGCUUAUGGGUGUUGUUGCUACAAAACAUCAAUUGUCCACUAUCUGCGUAUGUGUCCACAUAGACACACAUUUACCAACACACACACACACACACAUUCAGGUAGUGAAUAACGCAGAUGGUGUGGUUUUAUUGAUCAAUUUAUCUUUCCUUUUUGAACCAUGUGCUGACGUUGUUGUUGUUCCGUAGCCGCGGUCACCACUUCCACCAACCAAUCAGAAAGCACUGUGUCGUGAACGAAUGUACGUGUUGAAAUUACUCAUAUCAAUCACUAUAGAUUACGAUUGUGACCAGUUAUGACUGAAGCCAAUGUAGAAGAUUUAUGCUUUGCAUCUCCAUCUCUGUUGAAACACUGUCCUGUGGAUUUUAACGUUUUUGUUUUUCUUUUUUGCUAUUUUAAAAGGGAGUUGCAUCGAUAACUCACCUCAUAUGUCGUUUUAAUGAUAUUAUUGAAUAUUUAAACUGAUUCUGAAUGCUGAAGAAUGUUAUCAGUGAACUCCUUUAAUAUUAGAACUCUAUAGGAACCUAAGUAAUUCUAUUAUAGUUAUAAGCUUGUAUUAUGUAUGUUCUUAAAGUUACACUUUGAAUUUAAAGCGGCACAAACGUGAGUUAUUUCUGUAAAGAUAGAGAUAUAGAAAGGCGCGUAGGCUUUUAUAAACUAUACCAAAAUGCACAGCUGUGUGAUAACGAGAACAAUCGACGGUCUUUAUUUAACGAACACUCUGUAAUAUACAAAUCCUGCAACUGUAAAUGUCUGUUUACCAUCCCACUAUAUGUAUCAUUAAGAUAAGAAGGUAUAUUUAAACUUGCACUGCAAAAUCCCCUGUGUUAAAACAACACCUACAGCAACAGUGUAAGCUCUCCUGUGCAGGUGUUCAUUUAACGCUUAGGAUUUUGCUCUUCAGCAGCACUACACACGAAUGCACACAAACCUACUGAAGUAUUAAUGACGUCAUAAAAACUGUCUAAACCUCUAACGCUUCAAUAUCUGUCUCCCGUUCAGAGCUUUAUGAAGAGUUUCAGUCAUAUCAGAGUUAAACCCAAAGCCAUAACGCUAAAGAUGAUUUAAAACCCAUGCUUCUAUUUCUCCUCCCAAAUUUAAGUGGUACGUCUUGUAUAUGAAUGUAACGAUGAUUUUAACUGAAUUCAAUUCACAAAUUAAACUUCCCUUUCUGUUGUCA